UAUUUGCUUACCACAAUGUUUGAGAACACCCUGAUGAUUAUCAAACCGGACUACCUGCACAGAAGGCGUCCGGUGCUCCUAAAGUUGAUGUCUGAAGGAUUCCAGUUGCAAGGAAAUCGAAGACUAGCUUUUUCGCCAGAAACUGCUGCCGAGUUCUACGCUGAUUACGCCGACGAAAAGGGCUUCAUGUUGGAAGUUAUUCUGCUGUCCAAGGGGGUAUCAGAGGCGUUUAUUGUUACCAAAACGAAUGCUGUCCAGGAGCUGCUCAAUAUUAUGAUUUGUUACUUUGGCUCAGCCUCGGAUCUUGAACGGAAUGUUCAUGUAACGAAAAAUGCAGCCAGUGUGGCGCGUGAAAUAAACUUUAUUUUUCCAAAUUACAUCCAUGAACCCACUCAAAUGUUUGAUCGCAACAACUUCUGCACCCGCCCAAUGCUGAAGCCUCUGCUAUCGGAGAUCUACGACAUACUACAAAAUGCUGACUGCAGUCAGGAUAAUUGGAAAGUGCGCGUUUCCGACUACCUGGUGCGCACCAAUCCCGCGAUUCCGCAGAUUAGCAACCAGUGCCAGGAGCGCCCGGAUGUGGGCAUCCAGAAUAAGGCACAACAGACGUCUAUGACCUAUGCUCCGCUGCCAAGUGCAACGGGUGUGCAACCCAGGACGAAGAAGACUGACAGCACCACGUCCCCGCUGUCAAGCACCUCGCCCCACUCCUCGAUGCUGCUCUCGAGCUCAUCCUGUGUCACCUGUGGUGGAUUUGAGAGAUCGGAGCCCUGUAUUUCAGAGAUAGAUCUCAACAAGCGCGUGGAGCCACAUGACGGUGAGCCCGUUUGCGUGGAUGAAGAGAUUCUCUGGAAGGAGGUUGUGGUCUACGAAGAAAUUCAACCGGAAGAGGAGCAGGAAGACAAGGAUAUGAUGGAGCUAGAGCCCGAGGGCGAGGGAGAGGCGGAUGGUUCGGAUGUAGAGUCAGAUCAAAGUGUCCACGAGGCACCACCACCUCCACCGGCUGAGGAAUCGAGUGAAGAGGCAGAAGCUCCGGCAGAGGCUCCAGCCGACGAUGCAGCACCUCCACCACCUCCAGAGCCCGCUGCCGAACCAGCUGCGGAAGCGCCAGCCGAAGCUCCUCCGGCCGAGUAAUAAGAUUGAAAGUUUUUUUUUCUGGUUUUUGCCUAAGGCUGCUCUAAAAAAAAUUCAAAAAUUACUUGUAGCAUUAAAAAGCGUUUAAAAAUA